GGAGAUUUAACCCGGUUCUCUUCAUUAUGCCGAAUUAGCUCAGAGCACCAAGUAGGGUGAGGGAAGCUUUUACAAAGAACGAGAAAUCACAGAGAAAAAAAAAAUGGUUUGAAAACGAAGAAGAAAGAAAUAAAGGAAGGAGAAUGAAGAUAGAAGAGGUACAAUCCACCACUAAGAAACAGAGAAUUGCAACUCAUACUCAUAUCAAAGGCCUCGGACUCGAGCCUAAUGGAAAUGCAAUACCUCUAGCUGCUGGAUUCGUGGGCCAGGCAGCCGCCAGGGAAGCAGCUGGCGUUGUGGUCGAUAUGAUACGUCAAAGGAAAAUGGCUGGACGUGCGUUAUUACUUGCAGGUCCUCCUGGAACUGGAAAAACUGCUCUUGCCCUUGGAAUUUCCCAAGAACUUGGUAGCAAGGUUCCUUUCUGCCCAAUGGUUGGAUCAGAAGUGUAUUCAUCUGAAGUAAAGAAGACAGAGGUUCUAAUGGAGAAUUUUCGACGUGCUAUUGGCCUCCGUAUCAAGGAGAACAAGGAGGUUUAUGAAGGGGAGGUGACUGAAUUAUCUCCAGAAGAAACUGAGAGUGUGACAGGUGGAUAUGGUAAAAAUAUAAGCCAUAUUAUAAUUGGUUUGAAAACUGUCAAAGGUACAAAACAAUUGAAGCUGGACCCAACAAUAUAUGAUGCCUUGAUUAAGGAAAAGGUAGCAGUUGGUGACGUUAUAUACAUUGAAGCAAAUAGUGGAGCAGUUAAAAGGGUGGGAAGGAGUAAUGCUUUUGCAACAGAAUUUGAUCUCGAGGCAGAAGAAUAUGUUCCACUUCCCAAAGGAGAGGUUCACAAAAAGAAGGAGAUAGUCCAGGAUGUUACAUUACAUGACCUUCAUGCUGCAAAUGCACGACCUCAAGGUGGACAAGAUAUAUUAUCCCUGAUGGGUCAGAUGAUGAAGCCCAGGAAAACAGAAAUUACUGACAAGCUACGGCAAGAAAUAAAUAAGGUUGUUAACCGUUACAUAGAUGAAGGUGUAGCAGAACUUGUUCCUGGAGUAUUAUUUAUCGAUGAGGUACAUAUGCUGGACAUGGAGUGCUUUUCAUACUCGAAUCGUGCUCUAGAGAGUUCAUUAUCUCCUAUAGUAAUUUUUGCGACAAAUGCGACAAACCGGGGAAUUUGUAAUGUCAGAGGAACAGACAUGAAUAGUCCUCAUGGCAUACCAGUCGACUUACUAGAUCGGUUGGUUAUAAUAAGAACCGAAACCUAUGGUCCAGCUGAAAUGAUACAGAUAUUAGCUAUCAGAGCAUAAGUCGAGGAACUGCAGAUAGACGAGGAAAGUCUGGCUUAUCUUGGAGAGAGUGGACAGCAAGCAUCCUUGAGGCACGCAGUCCAGCUGUUAUCGCCGGCCAGCAUAGUUGCUAAAAUGAAUGGUCGCGAUGAAAUUUGCUAGGCGGAUCUGGAAGAAGUUGGUAGUCUUUAUCUGGAUGUCAAAUCUUCUGCUAGGCUCCUUCAAGAGCAACAAGAGAAAUAUAUUGUUGGAUGAAUUUUGUGAAUAGUGACGCCGAAAUAAGUAUAAUGAUGGUGACAAAGUCGAGGCAAGAGUUGGACUCUUUGUCUUUAAGUCGAAUUUGCCCCGCAACGGUGUCUACGGAUUUCGGCAAUCGACUCCCAAGAUACAACGGCUACACUUGUGUUUGUAGCACUCCAAAACACAAGUACAAGUACGAACCAAAUUUAGGCUUAUGUACUCCAAGGAUGAAAUGAAAGAAAAUCAAAAUAUAUGAAAUGAUUUUGAUUUUGGAUAGAAGAGAGGUUGAGAGACGUUUUGUAUUUCAAAAUUGUGUGGAAUAGGACACCCAAAGGGUCCUACUUAUAGACCAUGAAAGGGUGUGGA